CGCCAAGUGCUCAUCCCUGCAUGGAGUUAUAGAUUCGAUGUUAAUUGUGAUCGGAUAUUAGACACAUAGAAGUCCCAGUCUUUAUUGGCGGUGAGGGAUUUCUGCUUUAUUUGAGGCGCUUUGAUGAACCGGGUCUAUGGACCCCCAGCAGUCGGUCUUCCCACUGCAGCUGCAUGGCAACAUUUUCGCAAUGAGCUCUGGACAAGUGCCAAAACUAAGCGCCGGAUACAGUGAAGGAGGAGGAGGAGGAGGCCAAGACGCAGAAGUUAAUCAGAAAAACAUGACCUCCUGUGCCGGUGUCAGUUCCAGGCUGAACCCAGAUGAACAGUUUGAGAGCCCAGUGGAGCCUCUGGUUCGCUGCCACGCCAAGGGCAGGCUGGACGUGAGGAGCAGGAGCUGUGGUCUACUCGCCAUCUGCCACUCAGGAGUCAUUUUCCCCUGGAUGAAUCCACGGACGACUGACUCCGGACGUUCUGCGGCGGCCGCGCUGUCGGGCAGGAGGAGGCACCGGGCGCGGAGGGAGCGCACCGCCUUCACCAACAGCCAGCUGCUGGAGCUGGAGAAGGAGUUCCACUUCAGCCCCUACCUGUGCCGCCCGCGCAGGAUGGAGAUGGCCGCCGGGCUGCAGCUCACCGAGCGCCAGGUCAAAAUCUGGUUCCAGAACCGCAGGAUGAGGUACAAGAAGGAGCUGAGAUACGGCGGCGCGCCGGCUCCGGCCCAGUGGCCUCAGUGCGGCUGGGCCCCCGGCUCCGGUGCGGACCCCCUGACUCCCCCAGGAGCCCCCUCCUCCUCCGACGCCUACUUCAGGGACUUUGCUCCUGAAGCGCCCUCAGUCUUCAGACCUCAGAGCGAUGGCAGCAGUGGUCAGUGUAUUUACUCCAACGCCUCCCUUCUGAGUUGCAUGUCUGCUGCUAGCGGCCCGGCGGCCUCCUGCGGUGCAGGCAGUCACCACCAGGCCGGCGUCCCGAGCUGGCCCUAGGGCCCCAUCAGCCCAUGAUGCAGCCAGGUUAACCUCCUUAUGCCAGACUGGGGGAUGUCUGAGUAGCAUCUCGGGGGUUGAAACGCACACAACCCCUCACCGUUUGCGGAACAUUUUAAUUAAACUAUAUGAACAUAUCUUAAUUAAAGAAAAGCUACAACACCAUCAUUUGUGCAUUUUAGGCACAACGAUGCUGUUAAACCUGCUGCACAGGAUAUUUGAGUAGUUGAUGCUGUUUGUGGUGCUCUUCAGUGUCUGUUCCAUUUGUAUCAUUGUUGCAUGUUUUAUGCAUGUGGGACUCGUGCUAUGAGUGAGUUUUCUAUUUCCCUCCGUUGGCAGAUAAUUGGUAAGUGGUUGUCAUAUUUUGUACGCGUCCCAUCGGGCCUCUCUUUCAUUAUGGACUGUAAAUAGCAGGUUGUUUGUGUAAAAUGUUUUAGCUGUGAAAGUUGGGCCAUGCCAUAUUUUUCUUAUAGACAUGAAAGGGUGCAGCGAGUCUUUGAUGCUGUUCUUGAUUAAUUGAGAUGUCAUGUACUGUACAUGCUUAAUAAAUGCAUUUGGGAAAACUGUA